GACAGGUUGUGCGCCCAUCAGUUCAGUCCAGUUGGAAACAUGGUGCAGAUGUACUGCUGGGGAGACAGCUCCAGUGGACAGUUCGGUCCACAGCCGGCCCUCAGUCCGGUGUCCUGGACUGUCCCCGGGGUCAUUACCGACAUCUGCUGCGGGGAGCAGCACACUUUAUUUCUCACCAAGGAUGGAGGCGUUUUAUCAUGCGGACACAACUCACAGAAACAGCUGGGACGAAAGAAAUGUAAAGAUGGAAGGACACCAGGUCGUGUGGAGGGGCUGGGUGCCGUUGUGUCGGUGGCGUGUGGUCAAGACCACAGUCUGGCUCUGAGUGCAUCUGGACAGGUGUUCUCCUGGGGUGCCAAAGAGGAUGGACAGCGAGGCGUGCCACUGGAUCUGCUUCACAACAGUCACAGACCAAGUCAGGUGCCCAUACCGCUGCCAGUACCAGUGAUCCAGGUUGCCUGUGGAAACUCCCACUCCCUGGCGCUGACUAAAGGAGGAGAUGUCCUGUCGUGGGGCUUGAACAGUCAUGGUCAGCUGGGCCUGGGGAGGGAGGUGUCUCUGCAGUACACCCCUGUCCUGGUGCGCGCUCUGAGCGGCGUAGCGGUGACCCAGAUUUCAGCCGGAGCGACUCACACCCUGUUCCUCACACUCCCGGGCCUGGUGUACUGCUGUGGGGCUAAUAAAUCAGGCCAGCUGGGGCUCAACAGGGUGGACGAGACAGGCAGGUUCAACAUCUGUAUGGUCCCUGCCCUCAGACCUCUGGCUGUGUCUUCCAUUAGCUGUGGAGAGGCUCACUCUGCUGUGUUAACAAAGGAUGGCGAGGUUUUCACUUUUGGAGAGGGACGCCAUGGCCAGCUCGGUCACAGCUCCUCCGCUGAUGAACUGAAGCCCAGACUGGUCGAGGGUGUGGACGGGCCCGCCUCACAGAUUUCAUGCGGCAGACGUCACACUCUGGUUUUGGGCUCCUCUGGCCAGCUGUGGGCUUUUGGCAACGGGGCCAAAGGUCAAAUUGGGAGUGGACGACCAGAGGACAGUCUGACUCCCAGUCUGGUACAGCUUCCGUGGACUGCUGAUAGUUCAGCACCCAAACCCAAAGACUUGAAAAUAUCAGCUGGGUGGGAUACAAACUUCACUUACACUUCACCUGUGCAGAGCUCGGACCGAGGACAGAUAACUGGGCGACUGCAAGAGAACAAACUGCAAACAUGGCUGACAAUGAGACACAGCAGCGCCGAGGCCAACAGAGAAAUAAAUUCAAUGUUUUUCACAAGUUCAAGUCUUGUUGCAAGUUUCACAAAGGCCAACGGGCCUCCAUCAGAAGCCGGGGCCUUGACUGUGGACCUCGAGGCAGCUAGCCGAGCUUUCGACCAGCUGCUGGCAGUACCGUGGAUCAAACAAUCAAUAAACCUUGAACUCCUGAUCGAUUUGCUUGUGGUUUCAAGAACUGCGCUGAAAUCACCAGAGGUCCUCCUGAUCCUGCUGAGCUGUCCCCUUUUCCAAGAGGACUCUCAUGUCAUGAGGGGCGCGUUGCUGUUGGCUUUCGUUAUCACAGAGCUGAAUGAGAGGAGCCUGAAGAUGCUAAGACAGUGGUGGUCUUCCCUGACACCCUCCAUGCUAACGAAGCACAUCAAUGUGUUCAAAAACGCCCUGGCCUUCCUGCUGAAAAAUGGCCUGUUGGCAACUCACAACCGAGGAGUCAAAUACCUGCUGGAAGUCCUCAAGCUGCUCUACAAAGCAAGCAAAACUGGAAAGUCCUACAAAGUCCCACUGAGCACCUUUUACGUAGAUGAAAUCAAUGGUGCUGUGCAGCCAGAGGUGGACAUCACUAAUUGGCGGGUAUUGUCUAAAGUGAAGGAUGACGAGACCACCCCCGCCAUAUUCUGCCGCUACCCAUUCCUGUUCAAUCUGGUUUGCAAGGUGGUCAUGUUCAACGUCUUUGCAUACAUAACAAAGGAAGUGCAACGCUUCGUUCAUGACCUGGCUUACGCGUGGCCCAAUCAGUCGUUGAUAGAUCCCACAGACUCCCCCCCGGCUCCGGUCUUCCAGCUAACUCUGAGACGAGCUCACCUGGUCGAGGACACCUUCAGGCAGCUCGCGGCAGCCGACCACUGCGCCUUCCAAAGGGAGCUUUUGGUGAUAUUUGUGGACAACAGGAAAGUGAUGAAUGUCAACAAAAGGGACCUCUUCCUGCAUGUGUUUGAUGAGCUCAUCGCUCCCGAGUCUGAACUGUUCAUGUACAACGAGAGCAAGACUCUGGUCUGGUUCCCUCCCCGGCCCAAAGCGAAGGAGAAGACGUACUUCCUGUUUGGCGUUCUGUGUGGCCUGGCUCUCUACAACCACAACAUUGUCCACAUGCCUUUCCCACUGGCUCUCUUCAAGAAGCUGCUGAUGGUCAAACCCUCCCUGGAUGACAUGAGGGAGUUUGAGCCUGUCGUUGCAGAGUCUUUGCGGUGCAUGCUGGAGGACUACACUCCUGAUGUAGUCGACAGCAUGGACGUGCCUUUCGCUGUGACCUGGGGCGGUGAGACCGUCGAGCUUGAACCCACAGAAGCUGGGAAACGUGUCACAGCGUCAAACAGGAAAGAGUUCGUAGAGGCCUUUGUCAACUAUGCCUUCAACAAAUCAGUGGAGGGAGUGUUCGAAGAGUUCAAGAGAGGGUUCCUCAAGGUGUGUGACGUCGACGUGGUGGACUUCUUCCAGCCAGAGGAGUUGCAAGCAGUGAUGGUAGGCCAAGAAGACUACGACUGGGAGGUGUUCAAGCAGAACACAGUUUAUGAAGGAGACUACCAUGCUGAGCAUCCCAACAUCGUGACCUUCUGGAAGGUGUUUGACCAGCUGACGGCAGAGGAAAAGAAGAAAUUCCUUUUGUUCCUCACGGGCUGUGACCGUGUACCGUUCCUGGGUAUGGAGAGCAUCAAGAUGAGAGUCGCCGUCUUGCCAGACGCGUCUGAUAUCCACCUCCCAGAAUCCCUCACCUGUCACUUUCUGUUAUUGCUGCCUAUAUACCGCAGAUACCCAGUGGAUAGCACAAUGCGGACCAGGCUCCUUCAGGCUAUUAAUGACAACAGAGGCUUCCGGAAAGAGGACACUGCCGGCUGAAGUGGCUUCUUUAGAAACACCACAGUCUGCAAAAUGCAAUGUUAUAUUCUUCUAAAUAUAGAUGUAUUAAUAUCAUGAAGUCAGUUCUAAUUUGGUAUCCAUGUAUUCUAUUAACAGAUAUGAUCAGUACCCGCACCCACACAUGUGCUGUCAUUUAGAAGUCUGAGAAAGUAUUUGGUCUUUAAUUUUACUUUAAUUUUACAAUUGUACGCUUCUUGUUUGAUAUUGGUUUAUAUGCUGAUAAAGCAGCACAGCCUAGAGAUAUUUAACAAAGAGUUGGAGUGUUUCCACAUGUUCAUCAGCUCUAAGCAACACAUGCACAGGUAGGAAAGAUUGAAAGGAAAUAAAUUCGUCCUGAAAUCCUGACACGCGUGACAUACGGGGCCAGGGGGCACAGAUACAAUCAUUGGUAUUCACUAUCCAGAUCACUUUUCUUUACAUGUUGUGCCAAAACAUCCAAAUCUUUCCCCCCUUCAGUUGUCAGGACACCGCUGAGAUGAUAACCUUACUUUUUUCGCUCAUUAUUUUUCACUCCUAGCAUUAAGCGCUUUUUCUAUUCAUUUUAUGUUGUUCAGCUUCAAUCAUAAGCAAAUGUUUGUGCCUUAAUAACCUACAUAAUAAAUGAUUUCCAUGCA